AUGUGCGAGCGAGGUGGGCUCGGGCUCAGGGCCGGGUUAGUAGCGAAGUAUCAAAACGGUGGUUUGCGCAAGGAUAGUAUACGGAUGUACGGAAAGAGCUCGUAGAUGGAGGUAUUGAGCAGAGUAUCGUGUGCGUAGAGAACGCGUGUCUACAGUCGACGUCAGGAGGCACGUCUCACGUCAACA